AAAAAAAAAAAAAAAAAAAAAAAAAGAAAAAAUUAAAAAUAUGGCAGCAGCCUCAAAAGAAGCAACAAAAUUACCACCACUUUCACCUUUUGAAAAUGCGGUAGCAGGUUCCUUGGGUGCACUUUUUGCUUUAACAAUCGUUUAUCCUUUGGAUAUUAUAAAAACUCGACUUCAAGUACAAUCAAAACAAUCAAAAACAAUGAUGAAAGAAAAUGAAUAUUAUGAAUCAACUUUUGAUGCAAUAAUUAAAAUCAUUAAAAUGGAAGGAAUAACAGGAUUAUAUGCAGGAUUACCAGCUGGAUUAAUUGGAGUAGCAUCAACAAAUUUUGCUUAUUUUUAUUGGUAUUCAUUUUUACGUUCAAAAAUUAUUAAACAAGGAUCAAUGUCAACAAUUUCAGAAUUAUUAUUAGGUGCAUUUGCAGGUGCAUUAGCUCAAAUAUUUACAAUUCCUGUAUCAGUGGUAACAACAAGACAACAAACAACUCAUGUUAAAUAUAGAAAAGAUUUAAUUGGUACAGCAGAAGAAAUCAUUUCAGAUGAUGGUAUUACAGGAUUAUGGAAAGGAUUAAAACCAAGUUUAAUAUUAUGUGUUAAUCCUGCUAUUACUUAUGGAGCUUUUGAAAGAUUUAAACAUUUAGUUUCAGAAAGAUUAUCAAAUAAUAAUAAUGGUGAAGAACUUAGUCCUGGUAUAAUUUUUUGGUUAGGAGCUUUAAGUAAAACCAUUGCUACUAUUGUUACUUAUCCUUAUAUUAUGGCUAAAGUUAGAUUACAAUGGAAACCACCAAAAGAUGAUGAGGAUGAUGAGGAUAAUUAUAUAAAUAAGAAAAAAUCUUUUAAAUAUGAAAGAUAUUCUGGGGCUAUCGAUGUUUUACAAAAAGUUUAUAAAACCGAUGGUAUUCUUGGAUUGUAUAAGGGAAUGCAAGCACAGAUUACAAAAGCUGUAUUAUCUCAAGCUUUAUUAUUAUAUGUUAAGGAAUAUACUACUAAAUAUACCAUAAUGCUUUUUAUAUUAUUUGGAAAAUUGUUAGCCGGUAAAAAAAAGGUACAAUAAACCCUUGUUUAUGAGAGAGAUUGUUCAUGAGAUUGUUUAUGAGAUUGUUGAUGAGAUUAUUGAUAAGAUUGAUGAUGAGAUUAAUAUUAAUUAAGUAUUAGAAUAUUUUUUUUAAUAAAUCCUUAUGAUGUGAUUAAUUAAUAUUAGAUUUUUCUUUAUCAUCUCCGUUUAUUUAAAAUAUGAACUUUUUUUUUUUUUAUUUGAAAUAAUAAGAUUAUUAAAAGUAAA